AUGACAAAGGAGACGAGGAAGGAGGAGACAAAGAAGGAGACGAAAGUGGAGACAAAGGAGGAGGAGGAGAGGAAAGAAGAAAAGGAGAAGGAGGAGAAGAAGGAGGAGAAGUAUGAGAGGAAAGUGACUCAGAAGAUCCUGAUCCCAGGCUCCAGCAGCGCUCUGUCCAAGCUCGCCUACGUCUCCUUCACAGCGUGCGAGUGUAAUGAUCACUCAAACCGCUGCAGUUUCAUCGACUUCCUGGAGGUGGUGACGUGUGUGAGCUGCAAACACAACACCAGGGGGCGCCAGUGCCACCUGUGCCGCCCGGGCUUCUACCGCAACGCCUCCGUGCCCCUGAGCAACGCACUGGCCUGUACAGAAUGCCUCUGUGACCCCCUGGGGGCCCUCAGCUCCGUCUGCGCCGAGUCGGGGGCGUGUCCCUGUAAAGGCGGAGCCACCGGGAGGCGCUGCGACUUGUGUGAACGCGGAUACAACCGGAGAGAGAGCGGCUGUACAGAAAACGUUUGUGACGAGGAUCUGCUCCAGUGUCAGAACGGAGGAACCUGUGUGGACUUCACAUCCUGCUCCUGCCCCUCCAACUACACCGGUUCAUUCUGUGAGCAGGAGUUGUGUCUGGAGACUGAAGGAUGUUCACAGGACGCCACUGACUCCGCCCCUCGCCCUUUUAUGGCCACACCCCUGUACCUGAUGCCCCUCCUCCUCCUGAAGAGCCACGCCCCCGUCUGAAGAGCCACGCCCCCUCCUGCUGAGCCACACCUCCUAUGUUAUUAGGUUCUUUUUCAGACCAAGGGUUGUUUUCAUACCAGACAGUUUCGACUGCUCACUAGCGCUCUUCUUCAGAGUCUUCCUCAGAGUCUUCUUCAGAGUCUUCUUCAGAGUCUUCUUCAGAGUCUUCCUCAGAGUCUUCUUCAGAGUCUUCUUCAGAGUCUUCUUCAGAGUCUUCUUCAGAGUCUUCCUCAGAAUCUUCUUCAGAGUCACAUGAUGUUUCUGUGACUGUGAAACUCUUGGUCUGAAAAAAAGAACCUAAUAACAUAAACUAUCAGAAGACCAAAUGAACCUCAUUGGACUAGACACACCCCCUCUUGAAGAGCCACACCCCCUCCUGAAGAGCCACACCCCCUCUUGAAGAGACACGCCCCCUCCCGAAGAG